AAUUUAUUUACUGCAAUGUACAUUUGUUUCAAGAUAAAAUCGGGUGCACGUUUUUGUCAUGAUAUCAGGAAAUGAGAUUAUCGUACCAACGAUAAUACAUGCUUGGUAACCGAAAUCGGUGGUCCUUGAUUAAUUCUUUGUUGUCUUCCACGGGUGUACACGGCGAGUAAAUAUUCCAGUAAAAAAUCAUUCAUUGGCCGGCAACAAACUUUAUAAAAAUAUAUCUUGCAUGUAGAAUCCACAACAUUUACAAAUGGGGCAAAGAUUUUGCCGACUAUCGAAUUAUGGAUACGCGGUGUUGCUUUGUUGAAUAGAUUUCUUUUGACUCAUCUCAAGAACAACAAAGCGAAUUGUGUAAUUGUCACCUAAAUUGCAAUCUCGUGUUAAUUCUUAGCCAUGUUGCAUUCAGUCUUCAUGGCUAAAAUACGAUCGCUGCGAUUUGUAAGUACGCUCUACGCGCUACAUUGAUUUCCGCGAGACAGGUGGUGUUUGCCGCGAGAGCGAGGCUUCUGAACGUAAGGUCGGGAUUUCUCGAGACUGAGCCUGGAAGUACGGUUCGUCUGCAGAAAAAAGAAAACUGUCUAAUUGAUUUAUUUCGCUGAUGCUCUUGCAGUUUAUGGAUGGACUUGUUCGACUAGACGAAUGUCAAAGUAGUUCAUUGAUCGAUUUGAUCGAUUCAUCGCACUAACACAUGUUGCUGUUGUAAGAUGUGUAACAAUUAAAUACAUUUGGAGUUAGUAUUUGGGAUCAGUAACAGUUACUGCACUGAAUCGAAAACUAUUCGAAAGUGGAAAAUCGAAACAUUUCAUAGGAAUUUGGAGGACUUAGAGGAACGUUUAUUGGAUAAUCCGCUUUGUUUUCAACUGGAAUCUUCACAUAUACUGGAAAGCCUAUCGGAACGAAACGGACAGUGGAUAAAGACAGCUUUGUAUAGGGUGAUCUCAGAAAGAUUAUACAACCGUCAAGGUUUUUCAAAAGGAUAAACGAAACUAAUAGACUGCCAUGGUAAAUGUGGAUUAUUGUAAAAUCUGGAUUUAGGCGGCGUUUGCACACUGAAAUAUAUAAGAUUACAAGGUGAAGAUCAACAUUGAUAAAAAGCCCGGUGAAACGGCCACUUCGCCGAUGUUCAUCACUCUAUAAACUGGUGACGUAGCCUUGACGUAGGAUGGUUGGUCACUGGCCCCGGUCAUGACGUCACACUGAUUCUGCAUCCGCGUUUAAACAAAAUGAUGGACACUAUGGCAGGUAACCAGACGAUGUCUACGCUUAACGUGACCACGAGCCUCCCGACCAACCCCGCAGCUGCCGUGGCGGGGGUAGGGGACAGCACCGUCGCAUCAAUAGGAACAAUUGCCAUGAUUUACACCACCCUAGUCAUGCUUGGAAUCAUUGCAAUCACGGGCACGGCAGGCAACGCACUAGUCAUCUACGUCUUCUCAAAGCGCAACGACAACCAAACGUCGACGAUCUUCAUCAUAGGUUUAGCGAUCGUGGAUAUGGCGACCUGUGCUGUCAUUGUCCCGUUCACGAUGGUCAUGGAGUACAUGGAAUACGAGUUAGAAUUCGAUGCCUUGUGUAAAAUAUAUCAUUUCGCUGUGACCUCCAAUGUACCUUUUUCCGCCCUGAUAAUGUCGGCUAUAGCUGUUGACAGAUACUUGUGUAUAUGUCAUCCGUUUCUUCAUGCGAUGAACAUAAAACGUGCCAAGAUUUGCAUCUUGUGUUUAGGACUGUUUUCGAGUGUUUUAGGAGCAAUUGUAGCAAUGAUGCACGGCGUUUUUAGAGGAAUACCUUACAAGUACUGCAACGUAACAAAUGUAAGCUUUACAAACGGGACCUCGUCAGUGUCGUAUACGUUACAUUCGCGGCACCUCUGCCCUCUAGUGGGCAAUGAGACAAUAGACGACUUCCCACGUAAUCAAAUAUCAAUACAAAUUGAAAACGUAGGUGUGUGUGAAGUUGAUGACAUAUUUUUCCAAAGAAAGGCAAGAGAGGCAUAUCAGAAAAUCCACGUCUCCGUUUUUCUAUUGUGUUUGCUAGUUGUAAUUGUCCUUUAUACUCUAAUAUAUAAAUCAGUCUUGAUGCGACGGAGGAAACGGGCGAAAAUGAAGAAGACAACGGCACAUUUAGUUGCAAGAGAAACAUCUAUAGAUUGCGAGGAAACAAUUUUAACUACAGUGAAUGGCACGGACAAGCUCCACACACAUGUUCAUAGCGACAGCAAAAGAAUGAAACGAAAAUCCACGCGCAGGGACCGCCAAACCCGCAUGCAGAAUAUCAAAACGGCGGCCAUGUUGUUUGUGGUGACCGUCGUGUUUGUUAUCACGUUCCUCCCAGCUGCCUUAAUGGCGAAUGCCGUCAUAGAUUUUGUUGGGAUUGUUUUCUAUAUGUAUUUCGCCAACAAUGUCGCCAACCCAGUGAUUUAUUCCUUCAUGAAUAAGAACUUCAGGGACGACUUGAAAAAGAUCUUCAACUGCAAAUAACGGGCUCAGAAGUAAUGGCGUAAGGGUGACCUUAGCUUGACUUGUGCUGCCGCGCACUCUUUGAGUGACCUUGGCAUUAGCGCCAUCUCUGGACUAAGUUCAUGGUAUAUGUGUCAUUAUGAAUACCCCGCUAGGGAAAGGUUGUAUAUCUGCGUGUGUGUGGUGAAUUAUAACAGAAUACUUGUCGAUACUAUCGAAAAUGUGUACAGUUAUAUGAUUGCAUUGGAAUCGUUUAGAUCCUUAGAACAUUUCACUGCGGUACGCGAUUGUGUAGUAAACUUAUAAAGGGGAACUGUAGAAGAAUUAUGCGAAACUUGGCCUAUUUGAACGUAUAAUUUUUAGGUACUGUAUGUUGAAAUACUCAGUCGAUAGCAUGCAGGUCAUGGGAGUGAAAACGCCAGUUUACCGUCUAACGAAUAUAAUUUUCAGAAACAGUUUUCCGAAUGUUGGCCGGCAUAUCUACAGCGCACUUUUAUAACUACUAACCAUUGUCUUCGAUUAUCAUGCCGAGCCGACAGUCUCUACCGCUACUCCUCCUUGGUAUUUUGCGACGAGGAACCUUUUAUCAUCUUCUUGGAUCCAGCCCAUCGCCACUGUUCUUCACCGGGAGGCUCUCAAUUCACUGAGAGGAUUGACUUUCCACAAAAAAUCUUGCGCAACGGACUAUAAUCAUUGUUUUUAUCCUGCUGAAUAGUACCGUCAUUGUGAAAAAUACACUUUGAAAUUGUUGUCAUAGUGCCUGUCCAAAGGAGGACGCGCACGUUUUGUACAGUCAUGACGUCAUAUUGAGGUUACGUAUAAAACACAGAUCCGCAUGUAUAGAGGCGGCAAUCAUCUUAUCUCAUCACUGUUUACCUUCCGCAAUAUUAAGCCUGAUCGUCAUAAAUCUAUCAACUCGUCAAGAUACAGUGUAUAAAUGUACGUGCAACGUCAUCUUUGAAGCGAUGUACGAAUUCGGGACAUUUGAGAUUGUCGUCAUUUCUGCAGGAUGUAGGCCAGUUGAUUUCUUUUUAGCUUUCAGCAUAUCGUCUUCAACUUCAAGCAAAUUUAUCGCGUUCCCCUCCGAACAUUCUGAACUUCCAGCAGAAUUGCCUCCGUAACCUCCGCCCAUACUCACGUUGUCUGGAAGCUGAGUAAUGUCAACACAUUCAGGGUCAAGAUGCCCUCGGCUAGACUCCGAAUUGCGGUCUGUGAUGGAACUCUCCAAUUAUAAAGAGUUCUUCGAGCAGUUUAAUCUACAGCGUGUUUGGUUGAUGAGAUGUGUAUGAUUGUGCCUGUGCUUGUAGUGAGUGCGUCAUGUGACCUACACGUACCAAUAAGAUGUCAACAUUUCCAGAUAAAAGUGACCAGUCUUCACCACGGCGCCAAUUCAAUAAAAUAUGCCGCCUGGUUGGGGCCACAAUAGACUUGCCGAAAUCCGUUUUGGCUGGUGAAAUUGAGGGGCGAACAGGUCUGAAAUAAGAGUCUCUGACCCAUUUAAGAAGAUUUUUGAAAAAAGAUUCCGUUCCGGCUAAUCCAUUGUAGCCCGUAACCUGAGUAUGAAUUUGAAUCCCCACCAUAAUCACGUGCUGAUGCCUAGCCAACCCUUUGGCGGGUGCUCCGACAGCCUCCAACUUCGGUGCGCCUCGGUAUCACGACGUUUGAUGCGACGCCGCUCCAUUCUAUUUCCCUUCCCGACAGUGCUGGCAGGGCUUCUCUUUCCCAGGGCAUGACAAUGACCAGUUGUGGGGUGUGGGACCUUUGGGUAGCCAUGCAGUAUUCUUGAGAUAUCGCUAUUGACUUAUACAGAUUCUUCUAGAACCGUUAUUUACACUAGUGAUGGAAAGCAUUAAUACGUCACGAUAAAGGCACACCGAUCACUAGUGUGAACUUGUAUUGUAAUGAGCAACAUCCAGCGGAAAUGACGAUGAAAUAUAAUGCAAAUUAUUCUAUCCACUAAUUCAAAGACUUGUUUAGCCUUGGUCAUCCAGCCACCCAUACGUAAUCAAUAAUGUACAUACAUUUAAUAAUCCUUGUUUUGAUACGGAUUUGAGGCAGGUUGAUGGCAGCGGUACCUGGCUGCAUGAAUUGUGGUUCUUUCCACGAGGUAUUUGUAUGCGUGAUUAUUCUAUACAAGAAACAAGAAACAAUCAAAUAAUCACAUCAUGUUUCUUUUUCGUUGAAUAUGAUCCGCAUGACGAUGAAAUGUGUUGCAGUCGUGACUUCUGAGCCCAGAAGGGAUCAUGUCCUUUAACCAGAAAGGAUGUCGUACUGGAAGCAAUUGAAUACCGUACAUCAUUCGAUUCAAUACAGGCAAAAGUGCCAAUGCGGGGAUUAAUCAUCUACACGUUCCAUCCACGGGCCCAUCCACGGAUAGAUGAUGGAGAAUCCCCAUCAAAGAUCCUUGGGUGGAACCAGUAGUCGCAUCUACCUUGGGCCCCACCGUCCGCAUUGGGCUGUGAUGGAACUCCCAUCAGUGGAUCUACGAUGAGCCUUCAGAAGAUAUGAUGUGAUCCAUGUGUAAAACGUGGUUUGUGAUCAUCAUCAUAGACCCAUCGAUGGUCCCAUGCAUGACCCAUGCACUGGCACUUUUACCUGUGUGUAAUAAUCAGUGUAAAUAUAAGAAUGUUACUUAGUAAUUUUUAGUGAUUUUCGGUUAAAAAGGGAUUGUAAUUCAUCCCAGUAAAGGUUAACAAUCAUGACAGUAUGGUUUGAAUAGGAUAUUUGAGUUUUUGUUAUUACUGUUAUUGAAGAUCGACAAACAGUUACGUCGUUUAAAAAUUGUUUGGGCAUCAGUUCCUGCUUAACAAAAUGUAUCAAGAGGUACAUAUUUUGCUGGCUCCUAGCUGUUAACAAUUUUGAAGAAUAUUGUUUUCGCAGCAGUUGUUAGUCAUCAUUCUAAAACAACUUGAACUUGGGUACUGAACAAGAUUAGGGCAACGUUUACAACGCUUACAAAACGUAUUUAUAGUCAUAUCAUUUGAACUGAUAAGCAGCACGACGGUUUUGAGUAAAAGAAUCAUUUCGACAUCUUGUGCAAUAUCUUUAACCUGCCUGUCACAACAAUAGGCAGGUUUCGCAACCUAAUGUGCCGAGUACGAAGAACGAAGGUAUAUGGUGUCAUCAGGUCUUGUGCUAACUCAUUUACCUGGCACUCCUUUUAGACUUAUAGUUGUAGAAGGAAUGAGGGUACCGUUAAUCAAAAAUAUCGUCGAUAAAAGACACACACUUUGCACUUCGUCGUUCGUAUAUAUAGCUCCUCUUUCGGCUUGCGAAACCUGCCUAUCAUAAUAUCUGAUGAUCCCAUUGUCCAAGAUACUGCAGUUGACGGCAGACGACAGUUUCGUUUCAUUGUUGUUCUAUAAAUAGACGCUGUCGUUUGUUGAUAUCUCAAGAAUAUUUAUAUAUCAUCGAUCAAUAAAAUUUAUGCUUUUCA